AGAGAGUUUACGAAACACGACGCGACAGGUCCAGACGAGCUGGAGGAGUCUAGGAACUAGCGCGGUCUUCUCAUGAUUUUCGAAUCCAGCGCGUGGAGGCCAAUUUCGCAACUCAGAUUUUGGAAUUUUACGUUGUGAGGAAAACGUGGACAUUUUCAUCGCUCAUAUACGAAGUGCAGAAUGGCUGAUCAGGGGCUCAAAGAGACAAAGAACCAAAAGUUGGUGAACAUUGUAGUAUAUUUAUCGUCCCAACUGUAUAACACCAUUAAUUUGUGCCAUAUUUUAAAGCGAACGUUAAACUCACUUCUAGGUCAAUAGGCCAGCACCAAAUGAAUAUUAUGUGUAAUACAAGCUGUUGGAAACGUGUGUUGAUUUUUGUUAGCCUUAUUUCAUAUUUUUAACGGUAGAAGGUGUUAAUUUAUAUUCAAAAUUUCUUAUCUUUUUGUGCAAUGCCAAAUUAAAAAUGGCUACAAAGAAUUAAAACACCCCACCUGUUAGGAUCCAGAAACCUGAAUCCAGAAGGUUAGGGCUCGUGUUUUCAGCAUUGAUUUUUUGUCUUACCCUUUUAGCCAACCCCAAGAUCUUUGUUGUAGUGAGACUAUACAUUAUGAGAAUUACAAGUAAAACUCGGUAUAAGAUUGAACUGUAAAAGUAUUUUGGCUUAAGCAGAAUUAAUUUGUUAUGAUAAAAUUCUAUAACACUGCUAUAGUUUUUAAAUUUAUCUAAUAUGAUUGUACAGAUUGCUUGUUAAGAUUUCAGUGUAUAUUGCUUUGAAUGUUUUCUAUAACAGUUUUCUCGAUUUGGGUCAAAUAUGUGUCUUUAUUGAGUUUUUUCCUAUUUCAAUGUUCUAUUAAUUAGGCCAAAAAUGACAUGGACCCUUGAGCAUGACACACUGCUCUGUAGAGAGAUCCUUGUCGAGGAGCCUUAUCUAUUCAAAAUGGGUACUCGGGAGCGUGGUCACAGUUGGGAUAACGUGGCCAAUAAUUUAAAUAGAAUUGGCCAACCACAUUUUAUGGUAGACCAAAGAGCAGUCCGAGACCGUUUUUUGAAGUUGGAGAGGAGCUUCAAGAGAAAGAUGGCAGAGGAAGAGCGUGCUAGUGGUAUCAGUCCACCAGAACCCACUGAAUUAGAGCAAGCCGUCCAAGAUAUAAUUGAAAGGGGGACUGAGGCACAGGCUGUAAUGUUGAGGGUUGGGGGGAAAGUUGAUGAAAAGGAAAAGGAAACUGCUGAAUCUAUUAGAAAGCGAUCCAUGGAAAGAUUGGCAGAGACAAGAGAGAGGGAGAGUCAGGAAGGAGGAAAGAAAAGAAAAAAGACUGUUUGGGACAAGGACACAGAGGUGAUGCAUUACAUGAGAGAAAAGACUGAGAGAGAGGCUGAACUAAAAAGAGAAGAGUUUGAAUUAAGAAGAAGAGAGAUUGAGAUUAAAGAAAAGGAAAUUAAGAUAAAAGAGAGGGAAAUGGAGAGAGAGUGGGAAAUUAAGCAUCGGGAGCUAGAGAUUAAGGAGAAAAAUUAUGAGGCAAGGGUAAAGAGAGACACAGAAAUGAUGGCAAUGUUUCAGCAGCAGCAAGGGCAAAUGCAACAUCAGAACCAGCUGCUGCUUGAUGUUGUUAAUAAAUUGUUGGAAAAAUCUUAAUAUGUUAACAGUCAUAACAGCAAAUACAAAAAUGAUUUAAUUAAGGUCCCCUUUCUACUAUCAACUUUUGAAUAAGCCUCUUGUUAUAAAUUGUUGAAUUUUACAAAAACAGAUUCCAACUUUUUCAGAAACACAUUAGAGCAUAUAUAGUUAAAUAACUGUUUACUGUUCUGUCAUAGAGUGCCAGCUGUACACUCUUUGAUUUAUAGAUUCUAAGUUGCAAUUUGAGUGCAUCAUGCUCUAGGCUUUAUAUUAGGCAAUGGUCCUUCCCAUAAACAUAACAUUCAAAUUUGUCGUUUUAAGUAAUAAAAUUUUCUCCACUCCUUUUCUAUUUCGUUUUUUUUAAUUCCUAAGCAAAAAUUGUGAUCCCAAUGUGAUAAAGUUAUAGAGGCUUUGUUGUUAGCCACUAAACAGUUCCAGCAUCUUUAUAUUUAUUAAUACCACAACAGUUAUGCAAUUGGUUACAUCUGUUCUUUUUAACUAUAGUUUUACAGUUGAUCAUAUUUAACUGUAAACUGUAGUUAAGUUUGUUUUUAAAAUGGUUUCAAAUUAUCUGUAUUUCCUCUUCAUUAGCUUCGCAAUGAUUACAUUUUUUGUUGUAGUUAUUCCAUUUUGCUUUAUUAAUUGAAGUAACACUCUUUAGUGAACACUUAAUUGAUUUUUUUUAUUAAAUGCUGCUGCACAUAGACAUUUUACUGCAUCUAUUUUCGAAAAUGGCACACAUCUUUUCCAGUUGAGAAAUAAUUUGUACCAUAUUAAUGAUCCAGCUAUUGAUGAUUAGAUUAUAAACAAUAUUGAUUUAGCUAUUAUUUCAAACACUGUUUAUUUCUCAAUGUGAGAGGAUUUCAUCAAAAAGCUAUAUAUACUGAUUUCUUUUGGAAACGGGAUCCUGGUUGACCUGCAUGUUGGCCUGACGGUGGCAUUUGUUUUUUUAACAUAAGUAUAAUUUACACAGGUGUAGAUUAUUUUUCUCUCUAAGCUUAAUUUUGAGCAGCUAUCAUCAAGGGGGCAUUUAUAAACAGAUGUGGCUAAUAAACAGAACAGCAAACUAUAAUAGAGAAGGUUUGUUGAAUUCUAAUGCAACAUGUACGUGGCAAUAUUGAGUGUGGUGUUACUGGGAUGCCAUAAUAACUCUGGCAAUGUGGUAGUUUUUAAAAAAACUGUUUAUUGUGCCUUUCUGGUUUUCAAGUCUGUGGAAUCAAGUAUAUCUACAAGAAAUACUCAUUUAGUGUUGGGGGCUAAAAAGAAUUUUGCAGU